GUCACUUCCGCCCAAGCCUCGCGCAGGUCACUCCGCCGCGCCUGGCGCCGGACGCCCGGGUACUGGGGGAUUGUUGCGUCUGCUCCCCGGACCUGGGAAGGUGUCGCUUAGUGGGCUCUCAGGUUCCCGCUGGACUCCUGUAAGAUGACGACAUCCUGGGCGCCGCGCACAGCCCAUCCCUGCCGCCCCGAGAAGCCCUUUUCUGUUUUGUAUGGCUUUGGGAUCCUUUUGAUGGCCUCGGUGCUCCAGAUACCCAUGCCCUCUGAUGCCUGUGAUCAUCUUCCGAAGUACAGCUCUAUGAGGCCAAAUGUUACUAAAUCCGAUUUUAAUCCUGGGGAUAAAGUAUACUUUGAGUGUCGACCAGGAUACAGGUUUAUUACACCUGGUCGUCCUGUGUUUUCCGUUUGUCAGGAUGAUAACACGUGGACACCUCUCGAGGAGGCUUGUACAAAAAGAUUAUGUUAUCGACCAGAAGAACCCAUAAAUGGCCGGGUAGUCAGUGUAAAUGGAUCCUUUUUCUUUGGUUCACAGGCUCUGUAUUCUUGUAAUGAGGGUUUUCGAUUAAUUGGAAAAAGAAUUCUAUAUUGUGAACUUUCUAGUAUUGAUGGAAAAAGUAUGGUCUGGAGUGAUGAUCCCCCACUAUGUAUGAAGAUAAUGUGUAAACCACCUGGAAAAAUACCAAAUGGAAAAUAUACCAGUAGCGAGAAGGAGGAAUUUGAAUAUAAUGAAGUGGUAACUUACAGUUGUAAUCCUUCAAGUGGGCCAGAUGAAUAUUCACUUAUUGGAGAGAGCAGGCUUAUUUGUUCUGGUGAUGGUGUAUGGAGUAGUAACCCUCCUCAGUGUAAAGUUGUCAGAUGUCCAUUUCCAGACCCUGAAAAUGGAAAACUGGUGUCAGGAUUUAGAAGAAAAUAUUACUACCAAGCAACAGUCGAAUUUGAAUGCUCACCGGGUUUUUACCACGAGGGCACGAACAUAGCCGUCUGUGGCAGUAACAGUACUUGGGAGCCUGCGAAGCCAAUGUGUCUUAAAGUGCUGAUUCCUGUCAGUACCAGUCCUCCGAUUUUGAAUCAUACAGUGUCGACUCUUCCCAGUACAAAACCUCCAAUUCCAAGUGUCCCAGAAUCCGAGCCUCCUCACACGACUACGCCUCCGAGUUCAAGUCAUCCAGGACCUCGCCCCCGUCCUGAUGAUGAAUCAACACCUGAAGACACUGAGACUUUAGGCAAAGGAGCCACCGCCGCGAUUGUUGUUUCUGUUUUUGUUGGCCUUGCAGUACUUGGCGGCAUCCUGUUCAUGUUUUCUCGACACAAGAAGAAAGGCACAUACCAAACUGGUGAGAGCAACAGAGAAGUAAAAUUUAAUUCUCUCUGAGAAGAAGAGAUGAGAGAAAGGUUUGCUUGUAUCGUUAAAAGGAAAGGAGACAUUAGGGCCGAAUACAGUGCUUGCCAGGAUAAAUCAGCUGCCCUGACGGAGCAGACACACUAACUGGUUUCUGCUUACUGGUUAUUCCUUUGAGAUCUACAGUAAAUUCACAGAGCUUCUAUGGAAAACAGUAUAAAUGGUCCUCAAAAAAUUAAGAACAGAGACACCACCAGAUGAUCCAGCAAGUCCACUCAUGGGUAUGUACCCAGAGGAAACAAAACCCCUGCAUAGCACUCUGUUCACUGCAGCAUUACGUACAAGCGCCAAGACACAGAAACAACCGACGUGUCCACAGAAGGCUGAAUUCUGAAAGAAAACAUGGGCUACAGAUACGGCGGCAUACUAUUCAGCCAUGAAAAAAGAAGGCCAUCUUGCCGUUGAGGACAAAAUAUAUGGACCCUCCGGGCAUUUUGCUAAAUGAAGUGAAAGUCCAACAGAGAGACAAAUAUUGUAGGAUCUUUCUUAUUUGUAGAAGCUAAACAACAACAACGACUGACUCCUGGAAACAGAAACCAGACUGCUGGUUCUUGGAGUGGGUGCGAAUUGGGUGAAGCGGGUUCAAGGGGACAGACUUCCAGUUUUAAGAUUCGCAGAUACUGGGACAGAAUCCACGUGCGGCUCGGUGCCUGUCAGUAAUGCUGCUGUGUUGUGUAUUGGCAAGUGGGCAAGAGUAAAUCCUAAAAGUCCUGAUCAGGAAGACAAAAAUGUUUGUAACCGAGGUGCUAGCAAUUAAAUGCACUGUGCUGAUCCUUCUGCAA